AUGAUGUUGGAGCUAAUUCACAAGUUUCUAAACCUGGUAGCUCCGCCCUUCACCUUCUUCAGCCUGCUGUUUUUGUGGCCCCCGUUUGAAGUGUAUAAGUUCUUCAUCUCAAUCUUGGGCUCCGUUUUCGCCGAGGAUGUCGCCGGCAAGGUCGUCAUCAUCACCGGCGCUUCCUCCGGCAUCGGUGAGCAUCUAGCAUAUGAGUAUGCUAAACGAGGAGCGCGCUUAGUUCUAGCUGCAAGGAGAAAGGUAAGUCUACAAGAAGUAGCGAACAGGGCGGUUGAGCUGGGAUCUCCAGACGCUAUAGCCAUUCAGGCAGAUGUCUCCAAUCUAGACGACUGUAGAAGAAUAGUUGAUCAGACCAUAAGUCGCUUUGGCUGCCUGGAUCAUCUGGUUAAUAAUGCUGGGAUGGCAACAUUUUCAUUGUUUGAAGAUGUUGAGGAUGUCACUUCUCUCCGCUCUGUUAUGGAUAUCAACUUCUGGGGCUCGGUUUAUAUGACUCACUUAGCUGCUCCUCAUCUCAGAAGGAAUAAUGGAAGAAUCGUCGUGAUUUCUUCAUCAGCUGGAUGGUUGUCUUCUCCUAGAAUGAGCCUUUACAAUGCAAGUAAAGCAGCAAUGUCUCAGUUUUUCGAAACGUUAAGGAUUGAACUCGGGCCAGACAUCAAAAUAACUUUGGUAACCCCUGGAUUCAUAGAGUCAGAACUUACUCAAGGAAAGCACUUGAAUAAGGCAGGCAGACAAGAAGUUAGUACUGAUAUGAGAGAUGUACAAGUGAACAUUAUCCCAGUAGGGAAGGUGGACGCGUGCGCGAAGGCGAUCGUGAACAGCGCUUGUCGGGGGGAGAGGUACCUGACAGAGCCGGCGUGGUUCAAGGUGACACGGUGGUGGAAGGAGUUCUUCCCGGAGGUGGUGGAGUAUACAAACCUGCUGCUAUACAUGAGCUCUCCAGGAAGUCCACCCCAAGAAGCGCUGGGGAAGAAGAUAUUAGACUCUACUGGUUGCCAGAAAAUCAUCUACCCAGAGACAAUAAUCAACGACCAGGGACCAAAGACCAACUAGUAUGCUACCUAGAUAUAUGGCAUGGUAUAACAAGUGUGUGAUCGAUCGAGGAAUUGUUAGUUUGUUGAAUUUCUAAUGUAAUAAUAUUAGGUGUGGCGUGUUCGUGCUUGUUGCGUGCAUUGUGAAUAUCUGAAUAAGAAAGCAUAGCUUUUGAUCUGUGACAUUUUGGAUGCCACUCCUUAAUGUAUGGUAGUAAUUUUUUUUUUUUUUUGAGAAUUAAUAUAUG